AUGGCUGUUUUCUUUGUGGUUCUUGUGGUAGUUGUCUUUUUGUUCUGUAUCUCCUCUGCUUUGUUGAGGUGGAAUGAGGUAAGAUAUAGGAAGAAAGGGUUGCCUCCAGGUACUAUGGGAUGGCCAGUCUUUGGAGAGACCACUGAGUUUCUAAAGCAAGGUCCAAACUUCAUGAAAAAUCAGAGAGCAAGAUAUGGGAGUGUUUUCAAAUCCCACAUUCUGGGUUGUCCUACCAUCGUUUCCAUGGAUCCAGAGCUCAAUAAAUACAUACUAAUGAAUGAGGCAAAAGGCCUUGUUCCUGGUUACCCUCAGUCCAUGCUGGAUAUCUUAGGCAAUUGCAACAUCGCAGCAGUUCAUGGCUCCACUCACAAGUACAUGAGAGGGGCAUUGUUAUCCCUCAUUAGCCCCCCCAUGAUCAGAGAACAACUUUUGCCAACAAUAGAUGAGUUCAUGAGAACCCACCUCAGCAAUUGGGAUACCAAAAUCAUUGACAUUCAACAAAUGACUAAAGAGAUGGCGCUUCUCUCUGCACUUAAACAAAUUGCCGGCGUUCAUUCUAGCUCAAUAUCUCCAGCAUUCAUGCCUGAGUUUUUCAAGCUGGUUUUAGGCACCUUGUCAUUGCCAAUUGACCUUCCUGGCACCAAUUAUCGCCGCGGAGUCCGGGCAAGAAAAAAUAUCAUAAGCAUGUUAAGGCAGCUAAUAGAAGAGAGGAGGGCAUCAAAACCAUCCCACCAGGACAUGCUUGGUCGACUCAUGAGAACUGAAGAAAAUAAAUACAAAUUAACAGAUGAAGAAAUAAUUGAUCAAAUAAUCACAAUUUUGUACUCUGGCUACGAAACGGUUUCAACUACUUCGAUGAUGGCUGUCAAGUAUUUGCAUGAUCACCCAAAAGUUCUUCAGGAACUCAGAAAAGAGCAUUUGGCAAUUAGAGAAAAGAGAAGGCCUGAGGAUCCGGUUGAUUUAAAUGAUCUUAAAUCGAUGCGUUUUACUCGCGCCGUGAUUUUUGAGACCUCAAGAUUGGCUACAAUAGUAAACGGGGUUUUGAGGAAGACUACUAAAGAAAUGGAACUAAAUGGAUUUGUAAUUCCAGAAGGAUGGAGAAUCUAUGUUUACACACGAGAGAUAAACUACGAUCCAUAUUUAUAUCCUGACCCACUAUCCUUCAACCCAUGGAGAUGGCUGGACAAAAGUUUGGAGUCUCAAAACUAUCUUUUCAUUUUUGGAGGAGGUACUAGGCAGUGUCCAGGAAAGGAGCUAGGAAUAGCUGAAAUUUCAACUUUCCUUCAUUAUUUUGUAACUAGAUACAGAUGGGAAGAGGUUGGAGGAGACACGCUAAUGAAAUUUCCAAGAGUUGAAGCACCAAAUGGGCUACGCAUUAGGGUCUCAUCUCACUAA